AUGGACGACAACGACGAGCUCGCGUCGUUCCGUCAACAGUGGCGCGAGGAGGUCACUCGUCGAUCAAGACCUAAGGAUGCCCCUCCUGCUCCUGCUCCUCCGAGUCGGACUGCCCCGCCGGCUCGUCUUCCGCCUACACGUCAUGAGGCCUCUCACCGGAAAGAAAUUGAAGAGGAGGGUCCCCCGCUGGCUUCUUUCGACGCGGAUGAACUGGCCCAACAAGUUGGAGAGUUGACUGUAGAACCACUCGAAGAUGACUUCUCACGUCGAGAGGUAGCAGAACCAACGUCUGCACUAGAGCACUUUGAACGAGCGGUCGAGAAGGAGGCCGAAGGAAACCUGGGAGAUAGUCUUUCGCAUUACCGAAAGGCCUAUAGACUAGAUUCCGCCGUUGACAAGUCCUACCGCAAUAAGCACUAUUCCCAUGUGUGGAAGAAGCCGCAUCUGGCCGUGCCCACUGCUCCUGUCGCUGCGACCCAACAGCCCACAGAGGUACCGACUCUUCCGACACCUGAGCUGAUCGCGUCAUUUGCACACCUGCCGAUUCCUCAGUUGGAUCCUAUCGUCGAAAACACACCGCCGCCGCCUUGCCCGAUUGCCACCGUACCGUCGGAAGUUCUGGUGGAGAUUUUGCGCCAUGUGGCGAUGGAUGACCCAUCUGCCUUUGGUCGGAUGGCACUAGUCUGUAAGCGGAUUGCCUAUCACUUCGCCCAUGAGCAGCAGAUUUGGCGACGAAUCUGUCAAGGCCGGAGAUUCGGCUUCGGAGGAAUGCAUUAUGAUUUUGCAUGCGACCUGCAUGGGGAGCCGAUCUACACCCUUGCGCCGCGAUACACUCCAUUUCCCAACGACGAGCCUGUGGAAAUUCCCUCGCCGCUGUCUUCAUGGAGCCAAGUGUUCCAGACCCUUCCUCGGAUUCGGUUCACGGGCAUCUACAUCAGCACGGUCAACUACACUCGGCCUGGUGCGGCAUCUGCGUACACGAAUCUGUCGUGGAACAGUCCCAUUCACAUUGUGACCUACUACCGCUAUCUGCGGUUUUAUCCGGAUGGCUCGGUAAUCUCAUUGCUCACCUCGACGGAGCCUGCCGAUGUGGUUCCUCACAUCAGUAAAGAGAAUGUGGUGGCGGCGCGCGCCCCAGCGCACCGAAAGCAUCAACGACGUCCCUCCGAUGCGGGUCAUACCCUCUCUGGGGCCACUGAUGCCGUGCCACCUCUUGCCAUGAACACAUUAAAGCAUGGCCUUCGGGGCCGGUGGCAUUUAGCCUUGCCCGUUGACACCUCUGAAUCUUCCGAACCCCCCGCCGCGGCCUGGAAGCCGGACAUAGCGUCUGAUCAGAAAUCCAUCCUUUCAGAUGAGCGGGAUCUCAUCAUUGAAACGGAAGGUGUCGAUUCCAAGUACGUUUACACGAUGCAUCUAUCGCUCCGUUCCUCGGCUGUACCUAAAUCCGCCCAAGUCGGGCCGGCUCCCUCCAACCCAUCAAAAAACACUAAAUUAGCCUGGAAGGGCUUCUGGAGUUACAACAGACUUACGGAUGACUGGGGAGAGUUUGGUCUUCGUAAUGACCGGGCAUUCGUGUUCCGUCGCGUGCGCGGCUGGGGCCUGGACUGA